AUGUCCACCACUUUAGAGUCCAUCUCCCUUCAUGUCACAAUCCACCUUAAUCCCGAGGACCUGCCCACAUUCUGGGCCGCAAUGAAACCUGUCUACGAGGCCGUCAUUGCUGAGCCCGAAUGUACUUUUUUCGAAAUAUACCAGGUGCCUGACGCCCCUGGGACCCUGUCGUGGGUUGAAAACUGGUACGUUCCCCUGCUUGAGCCUUGCGCGUAUCAUCCUUCUAUCUAUAUUCCAUAUAUCCAAGAAAAGAUACCCCGAUUGAGUGUCGUGAACUUUACAGGUCCGCGUCACAAGAAUGGCUUCUGGAAGUAA